UUAAAUUAAGUUUUAAAUGUGCACAAGUUUCAAGUGAGGAACUUUUCAGCUUUAACGCUGCGCUCAAGAUGUUUUAUCUCGCACCUCCACCGAGGCCCAUCAGUCUCUUUGUGCACUCACUCAUCGACGCCAAACAUAUAAAACAUACCUGUUUUUUUUACCAUCCACAUUUCUGUGUUAUUGCCUGAGAAAUGAAUUCAAGUGUCUGCUGUGAGUUUUAUGUCUUUAAUAUCCAAAUAAGCUAACAGUAAUGACUGUGAUUGAGUGUUUGGUCAGUAACACAUCUCUUUCCUUCCAGUGCAUUUUUAAUUACACCUUCAAUUUCACAUUUCUUUAGUCUCAUCGCUCUAUAAGUGCUUUCAGUGGAGCCCGUAAUGGUCCUGCAGGACUUCGUCCCAUCGUGCAUCCUCCCAUCGGUGCUGUCACCAGGCAACAGUUGUAACCUGAGCUGUAUACCUGAGCAAACAAACAGCCUGACUACUGAGUCUGCCUCGCUUUGUCCAGCCACUCCACAAACUUGGGACGACCAGGCUCUGGUGAAGAAGAUAUACAACCGCCUGAAGGACCACGGUCUGCCAGUGUGGAUGGAUAUCGAGGGCGGGGUGACGGGGAACAUCAACGACUCGAUGGCUGCGGGCGUGGAGGAGGCCGUGGUGAUUUGUCCGUUCAUGACUCCAGCUUACCAGGCCUCCCGCAGCUGCAAGAAGGAGCUUAACUACGCAGACACCAGGGAGGUCAUCAUGGUGCCCGUCAUGCUGGCCAACAACUGGGAGGCCAGUGAGUGGCUGGGACUGAUCACCGCAGGCCUGCUGUGGGUGGACUUCAGAAACGCAGAGCAGGAUGAGGAGCAGUUUGAGAUGUGUCUCCAGUCUCUGGAGGAGGAGAUCAUGUUUAACGCCGGUCACCUCCUGGCAGUCGAGGAACCUGAGAGGGAGGUGGUGGACGAGCCCGAGCCAGCGAAGCCCCGCCUGAAGAAGAAACCGGGCCGAGGGUUUCGCCAUGCUGCCUCGGAGCUCUACAUCCUCGAGUCUGGUGAGCAGCAAACCCCCCCGACUGGCGACGGCAGCAGAAACACAGUGGAGCUCAGCGACACACCUGGAGAUCAUUGUUACUGGGAAGAGAUUAAGGGUAACGGCUGUAAAUACUACAGGAACGUUGUCACCAACAGAUACCUCGGUGAGUAAAGAACCUGAUCUUUACUGAACAAAAGAAAACGGCAAGUAUGUGAAAAAUGUCGCCUUUAUUCAAUGGAGCAAAAUAAACUUCACGUUUCUGCAAGCCAGAAGAAAAACGGGCAAUGUUUGUUCACAACUGUACAA